AUGAAUUCCCAAACCACUUUCUCAACAUCACAUGAUCAAAUGACGCCAUCUUUAAAGUCACAGAAAAAAUCAAGAGGCAAAAUUAAUAUUGUGGCGUGUGAUAGAUGCAAACGUGAUAAGAAAAAAUGCGAUGGAAAUUAUCUCACUAGAAAACCAUGCAAAUAUUGUCAUAAUCAUAAUGAAACUUGCGUUUAUUCCGAACCAAAUCUUUUGAGAAUUACUCGUAUUUUAAAUGCAGCAAGAAAAAAUGCAGUAGCUGGGGAAGAAAGAGAAGAUGAUCCGGAACAAUCUAGACAAGAACUUGAAGAACAAAUGACCAAAUAUGAAAAUACUAUAAUUUCAUUAAUGAAUCAAAUAAAUCAUAAAAAUGAAACUAAACCAAUCGAUCUUAUUGGAAACCUUUACCUUUCUUUAUUCUCCAAUCCUCAUAUUUCAAAUGAACAAACAAUAAUUUUAAAAAAAUUAUGCGAAAUAACAAAUAAUGUGAAUACAAAUAUUGAUAAUGAAAAUCUUAAUAAAAUUCUAAAUAAAUUAUUAAUUCUUACAUCAAAUGAUAGUACAGAAUUUGAAAAGGGACAAUCUUGGGAAGAACUUGAAAAUUUUGUUAUUCAUAAUAACUUAAUUAUUCCUAUUCCCUUGACAGCUACGAAUUUCUUUGGAUUUUCUUAUCCUUCCGGAUCUACCACACCUAUUCCAUCACCUCAAUUUUUAAACAAUGAUCAAUUUCAAAGUAACGAUUAUAAACCUAAUGUUAUGACAACUUCAAAAAAACGUAAAAUUGAGCACAUCGCUAUUAGACCUUCGAAGAAAGAGAACAAUGUGAUAGUAUGGCAUCGAAAUGAUCCUUGCGAAGAAGUUCCUAUGAUUGCUGUUCACGCACCUCAAAAUAUUCAUUCUAUUGAUAACGAAAUUGUUCAAAGCCCAGAUAUUUCAUUUGAAAAUAUUGAUAACAUUUCUAAUGAAAAUUUACAAUUUUCAACAUUGUUAUCUUCUCAAGAAUCAUACGGACUUGAUGAAGUAAGUCUUGAUGAAAUCGAACAAUUUUCAAACGUAACCUCACCUACAUUUUCAAGUUCCGAUGAUAAUAUGGAAUUUCCCACCUAUCUAUCGAAUCCUCCAGUAGAUUUGUUUUACUUUUCAAAUUCAACAACUUUGACGAAAAUUAUUAAAAACAACGGCGAUUUUUUUUUUUAA